AUGGAAGGCAGAGGCACUGAUGAGCUGGCGCAAACGCUCAAUGAGUACCUGUGUGACAUUUUGGAGGAGUUCCUGAUUUUUGGAGGAGACAUCUUGAAGUUUGCUGGAGAUGCUGUGCUGGUGCUGUGGAGAACACCACCCCAGGAGGUGGCCAGGACCAUCAGCCUGGUGCUGCACUGUAGCCGGCAGAUCCAGAAGAAGUACGGAAGGCGUGACACAGAUGUGGGGCAGAAGAUCCAACUGAAGAUAGGGAUCUCUGCAGGGACCAUGAGCCUCCUGGUUUUCGGAGAUGAGAGCUGGCAACACUUCUGCAUUUUUGGCCCGUGCCUGGCUGAAGUUCGUGAUGCCGAAGAGGUUGCGGGUGCAGGUGAAGUUGUCCUCUCGGCCACCUGCUGGGAGCUCUGUGAGCAGCACCGGCUGAGGACCAAGCAUCUCGCAGGCACAAGAGCUGUGCAGGCAGGUGGAUGGGACGGCCUCGAGAGCCAUUCUGAGGGCCUGGGCCUGGCCAUGAAGGAGGGAAGUGUGACGGGCAUGGAUCCGAUGCCUUGGUCCGAAUGCCAAGACGCCUUACGCAAGCUCGUACAAGACCCAAUGAGACACCGCUCAAAACGGGAAGGUGCCAUGAGGCCUGCUCUUCUCUUGCCCAGUGACCUGAACGCCAAGGAUGUGCUUAGGAAGUACAUACCAGUCGCUGCUCUCGGGAAGCUCGAUGCAGGACUGCCCAUGGAUCUCCUCUCUGAGCUACGGCCAGUCACCUGCAUCUUUGUCCAGCUGCAGCUUGCUGCAGGUACCAGCUCGGAGCAUCUCAGCACCGUCCUCAAGGAGGCCAGCAGGGUGAUGCUAGAAAUCCUCUCUCCUCACAAGGGCCACAUCAACAAAGUCCUCCUGUGUGAUAAAGGCUGCACGUUCCUCUGCGUGCUGGGACUCCCUGGAAACAAGCUGCCCUGCGAGAGCCUUCACGCCCUGCAGAGUGCUCUGGAGAUCUUCAACUCGUGCUCCACCAUGCUCAAGGAAAGAGAGACAAUGUCUGUGGCAGUUACCAGAGGGACGAUGUUCUGCGGAGUCACUGGCCACCCACUGAGACACAAAUACACAGUCCUUGGCCAGAAGGUGAACUUGGCUGCCCGGAUGAUGGUGCACUACCCUGGGCUGGUGUCCUGUGAUGCAGUGACUUACGCCGCCUCCUGGCUGCCUGCUUCCUACUUCAAGGAGCUGCCGGAGAGAGAGAUGAAAAGCAGGAGUGAAAUCGCAGGGAUGGGGAAGACUGUUGGCCAGCGGGGCAGCGUGAGCAAUGGAAAAGGCCUCGACGAGGGCAAGGGGGCUGCGCUGCGGGGCAGGCAAGCAGGUGGCCCCGUGACUGCUCUGAGGAAGGCAGAGGUGCCCAAGCGUGGACGAGCAGGUCGGAAGCAGGAGACUGACCUCUUUGUCAGCUGCUUGAACGCCUAUAGGGAUUCAGGCCAAAGGAACAUCCUGGCGGUUGAGGGCACGAUGGGCUGUGGAAAGAGUCACUUACUUUCUGAACUGGCCUCUCUAGGCCAGGAUGCUGGCCACAGCGUGGUUGCCCUGGAACUGCUGGAGAUCGACAUGAGGCAGCCCUUCUCUGCCAUCCGCAUGCUGAUGGCCAGGGCCCUGGGCCUCCAGGACUGUGAAUCGCGCGGCGACAGGCAGCGCGUGCUGAAGACAAAGCUGCAAGGGACAAUCGAAGAGAGCAGCUACUGCCUCCUCAAUGACAUUUUCUGCGUCAAGUUUCCCAUUUCGGACAACGAUCGCGAGAUGGAUGAAACUCAAAGAAAACUGGAAUUGCACUCGACUCGGCUGAAAGUGCUGGAGAAGACCCUUACAGGAGAUUUUGGCAUAUUUGUCAUCGACAAUGCCCAUUUCAUCGACCCUGACUCCUGGUUCAUCAUGUCACCCAUGCUCCAAACAAUCUCCCUCUUCAUGGUCAUGAGCUUAGCCCCGGGCUACGAGAUAACAGAGAGCUUCCGCAAAGCCGCAGCAGACAACGCCAUGUCCCAGAAAAUCACUUAUCUUCAUCUGGACAAGCUGAAAGCUUCAGUUGUGAUGCAGAAAGUCUGCAAUGACCUCGGAGUGGUCAGCAUCCCCAGGGAUCUGGUGAGGUUCCUGAUCCGAACCAGCUCAGGGAUCCCAUAUUACUGCGAGGAGCUGCUGCGCUGCCUUCGUGCCAACGACAUGCUCCAGUUCUGCACCCGGAGGCAGUCUGGAAAAGCAAAGGACAACUGGGAGAGCCUGAUCACAUCUGCAGUCGAGGCUUCAUCCCUCGCAGCAACCUGGAGCUCCGACGCGGGGAAUGACGGCAGGGUCUGCCUCCUCAGGCCAGGCGUGACCCUGGAGAACACCGCGCUGCCCAUCCCCUUGAAAGAGAUUGCGCUGACUCAGCUGGAUCGGAUGCAGCCGCUGACGCGGAUGGUUGUGAAGUUUGCAGCCAUCAUCGGGCCGGUGUUUACCACCCAGCUCCUGUCGCACAUCCUUCCCACUGGCCUCAGGACCCAUAUGAAUUCCUCGUUGGACGAGCUGGUGAGCGACAACAUCCUGAAGCGGCUGAAAAACACAGAGGUGCCAGAAGAUGUGCAAGAUCCUACCGAGGGGCCAGCCACCUCUUCGCAGGUGGAGAGCGGUGUGCAGAGGCCCUCUCCCAGCACGAGGACCGAGGAGCAGCAGCCUGGCGUCCUGGCCUUCUGCGUCCCACUGCUGCAGAAGGCUGCGUACGAGCUGUGGCCCGAGAGGCAGCGAGUCGCCUUGCACGGCAAGUGUGCCGCCUUCCUGGAGCAGCACGCGCACAAAUGCAGGAGCUGCGGCCAAGGGGAGUUUGUCGCCUUCCACCACUUCGCCGUCACCAGCAGCCAGGAUGGAGGCAGCUGUCGGGACCCUGCCGACGGAGGCGACUCAUGCAGCUGGGAGGCCUUGGUGCUGGCUGGAGAAGAGCUGAAGCGGGAUAGGACCCACGCCACUGGGGGUACGCUGUGCACCGUGCUCCACAGCCCGGGCCCUCCAGGAGCCCAGGGGUGUAUGCUGGGGAUCGGCUGGGAGGAGGUCUGCCGGGGACGAGCCCAGGCGCUGAGGACAACCACCGCAGACUUUGCUCAGCGUGUCGGCACCCUCGCAAGGGUCCUUGAAGCCCAGUGGGAGAGCGAGAGCAGCUCUUCCCCUGGGGCAGGCGAGGAGGUGUCUAACCCCCUGUUUUCUUUGCAGAUGCCACAGAGCAGCAGGCUUUCACGGAGGAGGAAACUGGAGGGCGAACAGACAACUGAGCUGCCCGACGAGACCGACAGGCAGCACAACGGCACACACUGGUGUGAAUGCCGAGCCAUCGUGGAAUCGGUGCUUGUGCCUUUGGCUCGCCACUACGUGGCAAUGGGCGAUGCCGACCGAGCCUUUUACUACCUUCUGGAGUGUGCUGCUGCCUACCUGCACGUCUCCAACAGCUACAUGGCCCUCAUGAAACUGAACGAAGCGGAGGUCCUGAGGAAGAUGAAAGCCACUGCGAUAGCCUGCUUUGAAGAGGCCACCUUCUUCAGCCUCAAAGGGCAGGUUUGCUGGUGUAUGCAACGCCUUCGGCUGGCAGAGACAAUGAUGAGGGAGGCUUUGAGCUUGCUCAGAAGGAACUUCCCCGAGACCUCCCCUGGCGCCUUUGUCAAGGCUCAGGUGGAAAAGUUGCCUUGUGUCGCUUACGUGAGAGCAGCCUGCCUUCUGCAGAAGGGCCGCUCCCUUUCCUCCCAGGAGGUGCGACUGGCUUGUCCGCCGCCCUGCUUUCCCCCAGCCCUGGCUGAUUUAGCGCUGUACAGUGAGAGCCUCUGGGCCCAGCAGUUUCUCUCGUGCGGCAGGAUGAAGAGGCUGGCCUGGCUGCUGCAGCAGAGCUGCUGCCUUUCCUUACUGGAGCGCCUCUUCAGCCUGGAGGGCACUUCCAGCGGACGGAGGUUCUCCCGCCUGGCAGCGCGCAUGAAGGCCAACAUGGACAGGGCGUUGGACUCCUGUUGGACAGCAGAACUCCCACCACGCACAGACUUAGGACACAGACAGAUGCCAGCACAGACGCAGACACAGGUGCAGAUGCCGUUGUAG